GCCUGCACUGUGGAAAAGCUCCGAGCGGUAAAGCUGUCUCCACUGCACGCGCGCUGCCUUCCAUUUCCCCAGUCUCUCUUUCUACUUUAUUGUGCAUAAUAGCGCGUUUCCUCUGCAGCAGACUACUGUGCAAGGCUCGGCGCAACAAGUUUGCUCGAGCCCCCGCGACGCGCCCGUCAGACAGGUUGACUUGCUUUUGGCUGGAGCGGAGUAGAGCGCCUCUCUUUUUGGUCGCUGUCACCACAAAGUCACACUGCACGUGAACGCGGCGUCGCAGAAUCUCACUCACACACUCACACUCACACACACACACACACACACACACACACACACACACACACACACACACACACACACACACACACACACACUUUCUCGCAGAACAGUGUGCCAUAAAUUCGCGACUCCGCGCCAGAUGCAGUUUGCUCCCAGCGGCGCGUGUAGUUGUAGUUAAAUGGAGAUCGCGGCGGCAAGAGGAGCAUCUUCGUGCGUGGAGAAAAUGGAGAAAGAAGUGGCGCCUCAGAAGCGACAAUGUCACCGCGCAACAGUGCUGAACAUAUUCUCAUCUUUAUUUUCGGUGGCGUCCAUCGCCUUCUGCGUUCUGCUGAGCAUUAACUCAGCUGAUAUCAAGAACCGGGUUUUGGAUUUGGAGAGUGGGAAUGGCGAGCACACCUUCAUCCGUGCCCCGGGUUACUCCAUGGAUGAUUUUAAUUCACUCAUUGAACAAAGAGUGGACGAGCUGCUCUCUCAGCGCUCCUAUGAAAAUUUUGUCAAGAUUCGGACUGCCAGACAAGCAGCAGCUGAAUGCAACUGCCCCCCAGGACCUCCAGGAAAGCGUGGAAGAAGAGGUCGCGAUGGAGAACCUGGACCUCCUGGCACUCCAGGUCCAAAGGGUGAAAAGGGGGAUCAAGGCGACCAGGGACCACGGAUGGUCUUCCCUAAGAUCAAUCAUGGCUUUCUUUCCGCUGACCAGCAGCUCAUAAAGCGGCGGCUCAUUAAGGGAGAUCAAGGGCAAGCAGGACCACCUGGGCCUCCAGGGCCACCGGGCCCUCCUGGGCCAAGGGGGCCUCCAGGGGACACGGGAAAAGACGGGCCUAGAGGUGUGCCUGGUCUACCAGGUGAUCCAGGGCAGCCCGGAGAUACAGGACCCAUGGGACCUGAGGGGCCAGAAGGGCAGAAGGGUUCACUCGGGCCUCCUGGCAACCCUGGUGUUGAUGGACUAAAGGGGGAUGUUGGCAUCCCAGGAUUUGACGGUGUUCCCGGAGCCAAGGGCGAAUUGGGCGAGCGAGGUGAAAAGGGCGAUAUGGGUGAAGAUGGGCCGAAAGGUGAUUUGGGAGAGAAGGGAGAUGCUGGCUCCUCUGCUGCAGGCAUCAAGGGUGAACCAGGGGAGCCUGGACGAAGUGGAUAUAAGGGAGAGCCAGGACUUCCAGGGCUGCCUGGACUCCCAGGGAUAAAGGGCGAGCCGGGAUUCCUCGGCCCUCAGGGAGAACCAGGCCUUCCAGGACUCCCAGGAACAAAGGGGGAGAGAGGUGACCACGGGCCACCAGGAAAAGGUGAACGAGGAGACAUUGGACCUUUUGGACCAAAGGGUUCACAGGGAGAGUCUGGCACACCUGGUCCUAAAGGGUCAAAGGGGGAGACUGGAGAUAGCGGUGACUUGGGAUCUAUUGGCCCAAAGGGCCCUCCAGGACAGAAAGGAGAGCAAGGAGCCACAGAAAUCAUCGACUACAAUGGAAACAUUCAGGAGGCUUUGCAGAAGAUUACCACUAUUACAGUAACGGGACCUCCUGGGCCUCCUGGGCCAAUCGGGCCACAUGGUUUUAAGGGAGAUCGUGGUAUGCCUGGUCUCCCUGGACUGGAUGGUGAAAGAGGCUACAAGGGUUCAAAGGGAGACAUGGGAAUGCCUGGAGCUUCAGGGGAUAAAGGAGGAACUGGUUUACCCGGCCUCCCCGGUGUCAAUGGGAUGAAAGGGGACAAAGGAGAUUCAGGUCUGACUGGUCCUCAAGGUGCUUCAAUCAGCGGUCCUCCAGGGCCACCUGGGCCCCAUGGACCCCCUGGACCAAUGGGACCCCAUGGUUUCCCUGGAGCGAAGGGGGAAUCUGGUUUGCAUGGUAUGAAGGGUAUUCGAGGGGAAUCAGGUCACAAAGGGGACCGCGGACCACUUGGUCUCCCUGGCAUGGAUGGGCCUUCGGGUCCAGCUGGUCCUGCUGGGCCGAAAGGCGACAUUGGUGAGAAAGGAGCACAAGGCGAGCCAGGACCAAGGGGACCUUACGGACUUCCUGGAGCGGCUGGAACACCAGGCUUGGAUGGGUUGCCAGGUUUAAGGGGAGAAAAAGGCGACCUUGGGGAAAGAGGAGAAAAGGGUUUCCGGGGAUUUAAGGGUGAAAAGGGGGAACCAGGGCAGCCAGGUCUGGAUGGGCUGGAUGCCCCAUGCCAAUUGGGUCCGGAUGGAUUACCGAUGCCUGGGUGCUGGCAGAAGGGAGUCACGCCAUGGCUGGUAGCCUGAAAACCCCGAGAAAAAAGUAAAGUUGUUGUUGCUUUAUUGUGGUGAUGCCUGCAGAGGGUUGUGAUAUCAGCAGGUUUUCACUGAUGUGGCUCUGCACCAGCAUCAAUGUGGUGCCUCCACAUGUCACCGGACCAGAGGGGAGGACUUAGCGGGGCUCACUGCACUGAUAGGGAAGUUAAUCAGGCUCAGGACCCCCUCUGAGAAAACGGACCGGGGGUGGAUCCAAAGGAGAGUCGCUGAGAGUCGACCUCUGUGGAGGUCAGCCGGAGCGUCUGCCUCUCCUUUACAGGGGAUGCUUCGAUGUCUACUGAGAGCGUAAACAGAAUACAAUCAUGCCUUUUUUUCUUUAUUUUUUCUUUUGUUUUUGCUCUCAUUCUUUAACAUCAUUUGUAUUUUGUGUAUAAUAGCCUUUGGUGCCUCAAGCUUUUAUUCAUUCCUUUAUCAGAAAUGUACAACUUUAUAUCACAUUUGGAGUCAUUGGAAUAUGUUUAUUUCCGAGGGUUAAGCUUUGUUUGGGUGAAAACGUGUUCAUGAGUCACACCUUGUGUGUGUACUGUGCUUUGUGUGAAAUGUUUUGACAGAACUCUUUGAAUGGUAUGCUGCAGAUAAUCUGUACAGGGUUCUGAAGAAGCUGUUGGUUCAUGCUCAAACACACCCAGCAUUGUAACAAAAUUGCUACAUGUUCAUUCUGGACUUGUUUUAUGGGAUGUUCUCUGGGCUUCUCACUGCAUGGACACAAUGUACGACUUUUUUGGUUUCUUAGAUAUUGCAGAUGAGCGUUCAUUUUGAGCAGAUUGAGAUUUAGUUGAGCGUGCAGUAGCUGGUACUUCAGGUGGGUCAAAAUGAGGCAAAUAAUGUGGAACAGCAGUUACAUUUUCACUGCUCCUUUUCACCUUAUGCAUUGUCUCAAACACACGGCAAACAUGUAUUUCAUUGCAAGAAAAAGCUUGAUUCACUCGACACAGAUAAUUGAUUACCACAGUCGAACUGGUGGCCAGUUUUGUCACAUUCCAUAUCAGAUGAAGCCAAAAGUGCAGCAGAAGGUCAGGACACACAGUUUUUUUUUUCACCAUAUUUUACACGUCUCAUCAUGUUUUCUUAUAUAUUCUAAUUGCCUUCUGACAUAGUGGGUGCUAUGCAUGGUGAUGCUCACAGUCCUUUUUUUUUUCUUCUUCAGCAUAUACAAAUA